UGUAAAAGUCAGGUGAGAAAGAAAUGAAAACGAGGCGUGAGACGCGGAAGUGCGUGUUAUAUUGGAGGACUAUGAGGUUGGUAUUUCAGGGGGAGGCUUGAAACGCAGAUAUGCGGAAGUGCUUCUGUACAUAGCUUAUAAACCGGUGAUGGAGAAGCUGAGGGACGUACAGCAGAUGGAGAGGAUCAUGGGUGCCGUGUUUUCUUAUGGGAACCUCGUGCACGCCGUGUCCGGGGCUGUGGGCAGUGUGACUGCAAUGACUCUAUUCUUCCCCCUGGAUACAGCUCGACUACGAUUACAAGUGGAUGAGAAGAGGAAAUCACGUUCCACACCAGCUGUACUAAUGGAAAUUAUCAAGGACGAAGGAAUCUUGGCGCCGUACCGAGGUUGGUUUCCAGUCAUCUCUAGUCUUUGCUUGUCAAACUUUGUCUAUUUCUACACAUUUAAUAGCUUGAAGGCUGUUUGGCUGAGGGGGAAGGCUUCAAGCACAGGAAAAGAUCUGAGCAUUGGUUUUGUUGCAGGGGUUGUAAACGUUCUGCUAACGACACCUCUGUGGGUUGUGAACACCCGGCUGAAAUUACAGGGGGCCAAGUUUAGAAAUGAGGACAUUGUGCCAACCACGUACACCGGAAUAGGGGACGCGUUUCGUAAAAUCCUACGUGAAGAGGGGCUCAUGGCAUUUUGGAAUGGCACCUUCCCAUCCCUGCUGCUUGUCUUCAACCCAGCCAUCCAGUUCAUGUUCUACGAAGGGUUAAAACGACACCUCCUGAGAGGGCAGACUGAGCUCUCUGCCCUGGAGAUCUUUGUGAUCGGUGCUAUUGCCAAAGCUAUUGCCACAACCUUAACGUAUCCACUACAGACGGUUCAGUCCAUACUAAGGUUUAGUAAAGUAAAUGUGAGCGUGGAGAAGAAGCGAUUUGCCAGUGUGCGUAACGUUGUGUACCUCCUGCAGCAGAGAGUAAGGCGCCUGGGGUUCCUGGGCUUGUACAAAGGCCUCGAGGCGAAGCUGCUGCAGACUAUCCUCACUGCUGCUCUCAUGUUCCUGGUUUACGAGAAGAUGUCUUCCUUUACUUUCAGAAUUAUGGGUCUGCAGAAGUCCUGAGGCCUUAAUUGGAGGUGGAGCUGUGACAUUUAGCACUUAAACUGUUAUUUUUAUAAAUCCUGAAAUAAAGCAACAAGUUUCAUUA